AUGAGCAGACAAGCUUGCAAGAAAUCCUUCAGUGGUGGGAGCCAAGGCUUCUCUGGCCGCUCAGCCAUGGUCUCCAGCAGCAGCAGCAGCAGCGGUGGUGGUGGCAGGAUGAGCUGCGUGGCCCGCUCCAAGGGAGCCAGUGGAGGGGCCUGUGGGCUCCAGAGUGGAGCAGGUGGCUUUAGAAGUCGCAGCCUCUACAACCUGGGUGGAAACAAGAGCAUCUCCAUGAGUGUGGCGGCUGGUGGCUCCCAGGCUGGCGGCUUUGGUGGAGGGCAUAGUAGCUGCGGUAGUGGUUUUGGAGGUGGCUAUAGAGGUGGUUUUGGCAGUGGCAGAGGAAUGGGAGGAGGCUUUGGGGGAGCUGGUGGCUUUGGGGGGUCUGAUGGCUUUGCUGCUGUUUGUCCCCCUGGGGGAAUCCAGGAAGUGACAGUUAACCAGAGCCUCCUGCAGUCCCUCAAUGUGGAGAUUGACCCCCAGAUUGGGCAAGUGAAGGCUCAGGAGCGGGAACAGAUCAAAACCCUCAACAACAAGUUUGCUUCUUUCAUUGAUAAGGUGCGCUUCCUGGAACAGCAAAACAAGGUUCUGGAGACGAAGUGGGAACUGCUCCAGCAGCAGGCCACCCGAUCUGGCUCGGGGCCCAAGAAUUUGGAGCCUUUCUUUGAGUCCUACAUCAGCUUUCUGCACAAGCGGUUGGAUUCACUUCUAGGGGAGAGGGAAAACCUGGAGGGAGAAGCGAAGAACAUGCAGGACCUGAUGGAAGACUUCAAGAAGAAGUAUGAAGAUGAGGUAAACAAGCACACAGCAGCCGAGAAUGAGUUUGUGGGGCUCAAGAAG